ACCUUUGUAAUGGCUCUCCGGGGAUUAUAGCGCCGUCUGCUGGUCACGUGUCGCAGUAUAAUAUCUGUGAGCGUGCGAAGCGAGCAGCUCUCAGUCCCGCAGCAGCAUCCACCGCGACAGCAGCGCGAGGAGCUCACGCGCCACCGGCCUCUUGUUUCACAUAAGUUUCAGUCUGUGCUGCUUUGAUAAGCUUUUUUUUCCCUCUUUAAAUAGCGGACGCUCCAGGACACUUCACAUGCACGAUUGUUCCUCAAUAGAGAUCUGGCAGAUGCCGUUGUUUUAACUGAAUUCAAUUGAUAUUUCUCUGGAAAUCUAUGAAAACCCAAGGAAUAUCCGCAUCGAGAAGCCAUUUGUCAGUUUAAAUGGGGAAAAUGUCAUUCUUCGUAUUCCGUAUGAAUACAAGGAUCUUAAUGCAGAUGUUGUGGGAAGUUUAGUGCAGAUAUUGUGUGAUGGCAGGAAAUCAUCAUCAGCUGUAAGUGCUCAGACCUGAAUAAGUAACCAUGGCUUACAGCGGAGCUCAGAAGGCGUUGAAGAGUGAUAAGUUAGAUGAAGCUCAAGCUCUGGCCAAAAGCUGUGCAGGCAGACCGGACUUUCUCCCCUGUGAUGGACUCUCCAUCUGCGCGACACACAGCCACGGAAAGUGUUUCAAACUGCACUGGUGCUGCCAUUUGGGCUGGUGUCACUGUAAAUAUGUCUACCAGCCCAUGACCAAUGUCGCUCAGCUACCCAGCACACCUGUUCCGUCCGCUCCAUCUGACUGCACCGACACCAUUGAUCUGUCCAUCUCUCUGACUGAGCGCUUCCUCCGCAUCUCCCCCUGUUUCCUGCCUCCACCUUGUCCCGAAUCUCCCAAAUACUGCAACAUUGCUGAACUGUUUAUCGAUGACUACAUUGUCAAACGCAUCAACGGCAAGAUGUGCUACGUUCAGCGGCCCCCAGUUCACACGGAGGCCCCUCCCACUCCACCGCAAAUAAAUCCUGCCCCUCUGACACCACAGAAACAGAAGCAGACUGUUGAAGAGACGGUUAAAGGACCAAAAAUGGGCCACUGCUCUUCGCCCUCCAACUCCGAGGACUCAGGGAUCAACGCAUUGGGAGGACACUAUCUGGAGUCUGAGGAAGAGGAUGAACUUAGCACUGAUGGACACUCGAGUCCGGGAAGUCUAUGGGAUCAGGAUGAAUGCACCCUACUGUCCCCUUCCAAAUCCAUUGUGGAGAUUAUUGAAAAUAUUGAAACUACUGUGUGAUAUUUGCUCUUUUUGUUCUUUUUACAUCUCUCUCUCUCUCUUUGUCUGACAAGAUAAACUCAAUGUGUUAAAAGAAAUAUUGUAUGUAGAGGAAAAUGCUACACCCAUAAACACAGUGCUAUACUUUAUAUUUGUCUUUAAUAUCUGUGCUCAUUGUUACGCCUCACAUGGUCCUUAAUUUGAUAUUAAUCAUAGUUCUUGUCGUUAUAUAUGCAAUAUGAAAGACCUUUCGGAUAAAAGUGAACCAAAUACCAUUAUUGAGCAAACUGCAUUCUUGCGUUACGUCAAUUCGUUAUUGUAAUCCAUAGUGAACUGGGGUUAAAUCACAUAAAAUUAAUUGUGGAAUUGGGGAUAAUUUAUUCCAAAUUAAUUAUUUAAAGUCUUGUCAGUACAAAGAAAAUAUGGUCAGGCUACUGUGGUGGCUACUUUAUGCUACUUGCUACGAAAACAUAAUUUUCAGAUGUUCAUCUUGUUGGAUUUUCUUCUUAGUAAAUCUGUGUGUAGCUAGUAAGAUAUGGUUAUAACAUUUUUCCAUGCACCUUCAAACUAUCAAAAUCAUCUGUGCAGAAGAGCAGUGUCGAGACUUUCGACUCACAACCGAGGUAAAACUAAGCUUGCAAUUUUGUGUUUCCACCACUGAUGGCGAUAAAGAGGUUAACAUUUUGUUGUGCAGGUUUAAGGAGAACAAAUGACACUUCUGCACCUAAACCUGUUUUGCCACAUUAUAACUAAACAGUUGACCAAUAUAUGAAGUCAAGUGUCAAAUAUUUAGACCCUUCUAAGAGAACAUUUCAUUGUCAAUGAAGGAGUUGUUUUCAUGUGUUCAGAGAGCAGAGUUUUACUGAUACUGAAGGCUGGCAUCCGGUCAACCGUCAUCCAGGAGGAGGUCAGUGCUUCAGAUAUGUAAUUUUUCAUGUUCUUUAAAAGAGUAGAGUAACAGACAUGGCAUACAUUUAAUUUAGUCAUUAUGUGUGUUCCCUGGAAAUCAAACACAUUACAGUGGUAUUGAUAGCACCUACUCUACCAAAGAAGCUAUGGUAGCAGGUGCAAUGAAGUCAUAUUGGUAUUUCUUUAAUCUGUCAUGGUGUUUUUACAAUAUUUAGCUAGCUUUACUAUUCCUAGUAGUUUGGGAGAGGAAAAGGCUUUGUUGGUCUUUGAUAAUUUAAUAGUUUCUGACUCUUUAAGUGCUGAACAUGACUGUCCUUUCAAAUCACAAACUUACGUAAGACCAUUGAGAACCCUCUGCGGUGUCAACAUCAUGCAUUUUCUUCAUCCUAGUUCAAAACACAGAACAUGAAUAGGGCACAUCAUAAACAUUGGAUGCAAAUUAUAUUCAUGCUACUUUAAUUGAUAUUAGUCAUAAAGGUUCCUGGCAAUUAUGGCCAUGAUUGCCAAAUCCUUUCCUUCAGUUCUCUUGCCAGGUUUAACAAAAAGGAACAGGUGUCUUGGUACAAAGGUUUCUUUUUCAGGUCCACUUUAAUUAUCAUUAACAUUAUGAUGCUUUUCAUAGGUCUUGGUACUGUUAGUGCUCUAAUUUCCAUGUAAACACAGCUAAAAUAUUUUUCUUUUGCCUCAGUCAUCAAGAUAUCAUACUUGAAAUGUCCUUGAAAUCCACAGAAGUGGAUUCAGGAUACAGUGUUUAUGGUAAUUAUGAAUAAUAAUUUCAAAUGAAAAGUUGCCCAGAUGGAAACCAUUAAGACACCAGCCAGAUGGCACACUGCAUCAAACUUAGUAGAUUUAGUUAAACGAACAUACACGAGAGAUGAUUUACGUUGACUCUUAGUUUGAUUGAACAUUAUUUCUUAAGCUCAGAUCAAACAAUGGAUACGUCAUAUCUGAUGAAAUUCACAAAGGUCAUGGUAUUUCAGUGCAUAUAGCCAUGUCACAAAAUCAGCUUAGCCUGUUUAAAAUAAAUCUUUCUCCAACA